GUCAGGUGAUUGCAACGAAUACAGACUUGCGAGCUGACAGUGUUGCCUCUUUGUCGCCCAGUCCGGACUGACAACUGCCGCUCGGCUGAACAUCGACGAGCACGUCAACAACAUAGACAUGGAACAGAUUGUGGCUGCGAGCUCUUCUGUCCAGGCCUGGACGCUGGCCCGGGCGGCCGAUCUGGUCGCGCUGAUCAGCCACCCGCCCCCACCCGCCGUCAUGCUCCGACACCUGGGCCAGGCCAUCAAACACGUGGUCUUCCUGCCUUACCACAACCCCAAGUGGUCCAUGCCCCUCUACUGGGCCGCCCUCUCCUCCAUCGGCGGCUAUUUGGCCACCAUUGCCAUUCAGAACAUCGUCCUUGACCUGGCUCCCGUCAACCUGAAACACAAGUACAACGCCUCGUGGGCCCUGGUCACCGGAGCCUCAUCCGGAAUCGGCAAGGCCAUGGCGCAGAAGCUGGCCGCUCAGGGCAUCAACGUGGUCCUUGCCGCUCUGGGUGAUGACCUUUUGGAUAACACUACCGCCGAACUCCAAGCCCAGUACCCCCAUCUCAAGUUUGUCAAGUGCGCCGUCAACUUGGCAGCUCCCGACUUUAUGGAUUCCAUUGUCACCGCUACCGAGGGCUUGGACGUGACUCUGGUCUUCAAUAACGCUGGCUUCAUCACCACCGGCUUCUUCCACCGUACCCCGAUUGGUCGCAACAACGCCAACAUGGCCUGCAACGCCACUUGCAUCAUCCCCAUCACGCACUACUUUCUCAACAAGAUGAUCGCCAAGGGACAGCGUGGCUUGGUCGCGUUUACCUCGUCCUCAGCUGGCUUUGUGCCCAACCCCCUCAGCAUUCUUUACCCCAGCACCAAGUCCUUUAUGACGGUUUUUGCCACCAGCCUCGCGGCGGAGAUCAAGAGCAAGGGCAUCGACACAGUGGUGGUGCACCCCUCACCCAUGGCCACCAACUUUUUCCAAAAUUCGAAUGGCAUGCAAGCGCUCGAGUCGUUCAAGCGCUUUGCCGUCGGCCCUAGCGUCAUUGCUGAUGUCGUCUUCAACAGCGCCGGUCGCUUUGUCGUCCGCGAUCAGGGCUUCAUCACUAUUGUUCUUCGCAUCGUGACCAAGCACACGGCAUACGACCGUUUGGUUGCUUCCUUCUCCACACCUCUUCAACCCUGCUCUCCCCACCUAAACCCCCAAAAAUGGCACCAAGACAAUGAGCAAGAAUACGGGAUAGACACGCGAUAUCUCGUUCCCCAAACCUUCUUUUGUUCGCAAAAGGAUUUCAAGAGAGAAGAGAGAGAGAGAGAGAGAUAUGAAUGGUUUGAGAAAGAGAGAAAUAAAGAGCAAAGAGACAAAGGAAAAGCACAACGAGAGAGAGAAGAGAGAGAGAGAUGUGCGGCGUUGGCCAACUUUACGCCUACCCUGAUCUCCUCGGGCGAGCGUCGUGUGGUGGCGACGUACAAUGUGUCUAGUGAGACCCAGGCGGUGUACUAUGCGAUCGAUGCCGAGGGUUAUGACACUCCCUUUUACGUUCUGAAUCUGACGGCCAAGAACGCGUACGAGGGUGCCAUCGCUUAUGGUGCUUUGACAGGGCAACAAGGCAUCGAGAACAUCAACGCACUCCUCAAAACCAUCUUGCCCGGUGACCCAGAGCUGCAGGCCGUCUUGGAGCGUUUCCUGGACCUGCAAUUCAAGCAUCACAUCACUCCUCAUCUACCUCAGGAAUUCCUGGAUGAAUUUGCGGGUUUGCAGGAGGCUGACAAUCGCACCGGUUUCAACACGUCGAUUGUGUAUUCAUACGCCAUUGCGCUUGGCGGCAUUGCCGUGGGUGAUGUGGAGGCUGAUAUUCUAUAUUUGCUCGAAGGCGAGCUCCUCUCAGAUGCACCUCAAUUGAAGGCCAAUCUGGCGCUUCGAGGAUUAACGUCCAGCGCUGUGGCUGGUGCCAUUGCCACUGCCCUCCGGGAGCGUAACAUCUUUCAGUCAUGCUCCAUGUUCGGGGCCUUUGGAUCGCGGACCGUUGGUGGCCAGUUGCGUUCGGGCCGAAAUCUGGACUGGCUUGCCCAGUCUGGCCUGGCCAAGAACAAACUUAUCACGAUCUACCAUUACCCCGACCAGAUUCCGUAUGCCACAGUUGCCUUUGCCGGCUUCCCUGGUGCCAUCACCGGCAUGUCGGCGGCAGGCGUGACGGUGCACGAGGCAGGCAACGACAGCAAAGAUGUGACGCUCAACGGCUUUGUUUGGCCCCUGCGCCUGCGUGCGGUGAUGGGAACCGUCAAGACGCAGGAGGACGCACUCGACUUUUGGCGCAACACCAACAACACCAUGGGCAUUAACCACGGUAUUGGUACAGCAAGCGAUGCCAAGUUUGUCGCGCUCGAGACCAAGGCGGGUUACACGGCAUACUUUGUGGAUAACGAUGCCCGCGAAGCCAAUUUCUCCAUCGAUGGCAAGCAGUAUGGUUUCCCGCUCAAAGAUGCAGUGUGGCGCACCAAUCACGGCUAUGACGGUGUCAUUGUGGAACAUGCCGUUGAAGGGCGUAAGCCCAGCAGUGAUAGCCAGACGCGCUAUGUCCUCCUGCACGAUGCCUUUGUCGACUAUGAAGCACGUGGGGUGCUGAUUGAUGAUCUGCAGGCGGUGAACCUGACGGCCAUUGUGGGCGACAAGGGACCAAGCAAACGGGCUGAUUUCUUGACCUGCGAUCACGCCCAAGAGGGGUCCAACAUUGUCUCGGCCACGUUCUUGCCCUAUCCUAACAACGUCAUGUACGUUGCAUAUGAGAGUGGCAGCGGCGACCAGCACCGUCCCGCUUGUUGCAACGGAUAUCUUCGCUUCAAUAUGAGCGACUACUUUUAG